ACGCGUACAGAGACGCGCGAGCGAGCGGAUCAUGACCGCUGUGUGCUGCUGACAGAUAUCACACACACACCAUCUGCUGUACAGCCGCGCUUCACUCUCACCUGAUCCGUGCGGAUAUUAACAAACAUUCACCUGGAUUUCAUCACCUGUGCGUUGCGUCGCGUCGCGUCUCGGAGGCAGAAUGCGGCGCGCUUUGACAGACACGGGAAACUAUUACAGUUAGUUCGGAUCCGGAUCCCGAUGUCUUCAUCUGAGCCGCUGCUGCUGGUUUUCUCUCUCGUUACAGACGCGGCAGCAUCACGGUUCCGCGCGGCGCGUUGCGCACGGCGAGCUGAGCGGCGCGGCGCGUCAGUUGGACACUCUGGACACUUCUGCGCACGCUUCAUUGGGAUCUAGCGGAUAACAUGUUGUGAAUGGACCUGGAAUCGUGAUAGUUUGAGGAUAACGCACGGAUUUUAUCUUUUGGACCUUUGGAUGUUUCCUGAUUUACUGAGAAUUUGGCUUUUCUGAAGCUCCGGUCUGUAUGGACCCCAUUUAAGCUUCCCUCAAAGGAACUGAGUCUAAAAUGAAGUUAUGGGACAUUCUAGCCACGUGUUUGUUGCUCCUGAGCUCCGUUUCCGCACGUCCCGUCUUCCACAAGCUGCAGCCAUCCAAAAGAGCCGUCGUCCGCAGUGAGACGCCCGCUCUGGACCCCAUCAUCGACUCCCAACCUGAAACCACGCACCAAAAACAAGCCUCCAUGGAGGAACAAUAUGACGUGAACGGCUUUUACCCGGAGCAGUUUGAGAGCGUAAUGGACUUCAUCGAAGCCACCAUCGGCCGACUGCGCAGAUCCUCCGACGCAGACUCGCAAACCAAGCGGGACAGAGGCCGACAGAAAGGAGCAACAAACACCGAGAGGAGCAGCCGGGGACGAGGAGACCGGAAGAGGAGUCGCGGACGAGGCCGUAAGGACAGCCGAGACGACAGGGUCAAAGUUCAAGGGCGUGGGUGUCUGCAAGAGAUCCACCUCAACUUCACAGACCUGGGCUUGGGUUACAGGACCAAAGAGGAGCUGAUCUUCCGCUACUGCAGCGGCCCGUGUUUCGACGCCGAGACCAACUACGACAAGAUCCUCAACAACCUCACCCACAACAAGAAGCUGGACAAGGAAACGCCGUCUCGGACUUGCUGCCGGCCCAUUGCUUUCGACGACGACAUCUCGUUUCUGGACGACAGCUUGGAAUACCAUACUCUGAAGAAGCAUUCGGCUAAAAAGUGCGCUUGCGUUUGACGGACGAAACCCGCGUACUGCAAAAAAAGAUUCUCUUCCAUAAUGUUUUUGUCUUGUUUUCUAGUAUAAAUAUCUAAACAUUCUUGAAUCAAGAUGCAUUUUCUUGACAAGUGAAAUUUGUCAAUAUACUGUAUAUUUUGAAGGAAUUUGUCCGUAAUUAUUUUUUUACAGGUGUUUUACCAGUAUUUUGAAUUUUACACUCCAUUGCAUUGUUGUUUAGAGAAAACAGAAAUGUCCGUAAAAUUAAUGGAUAAUGUUGUGUGUAAUGAGCUGCCAGUACUUUUUUACACAUUGUAUUAAGUCAUUUUCUAAAAAAAUAUAUAUAAUCAAAAUUUUGUUAAUUCUUUCUUAAAACAAGCAAAAAAAUCUCCCAAUGGGGUUAGAAAAAUACAUUUAAUUCAAAGGCUAAACAAGAUUAUUUUUCUUGCCGCAUUGGCAGAUUUUUUUGCUUGUUUUAAGCAAAAACUAACAAAAGUUAGAUUUAUUUAUUUUUUUACUGAAAACAAGACAUAAUAUCUUAAAUCAUUUUACUUGUGCAAUAAAUGCAUCUUGAUUCAAGAAUGUUAAGAUAUUUAUACUAGAAACCAAGACAAAAAUACUAAGAGAAUAAUUUUUUUCAGAGCGCGAAACGCUUCAAGACUGGGCCGAGGACUCUCGGAAGGAGAUCCCAGAUAUAUCCAGUAUUCACUUUGUUACCAAACCACAUCGUUUAUCCAGCAACAAACACGGUGGGAUAAAGGAACGUGACGCGCCUGCAGUGGAUUAUCACGUUUACACAGAGAACCACAACGACAGACUCCAGAUCUUUAAUAUCCAGAAAGCUAUCUAUAUAUAUAGUAUAUAUGAAAAUGUAUUUAUUGAGAUUUAAUUAAGUUAUUGUUAUUUAUUGCAAUCCAUUGUAUUAGAGUGUUUGUUUCUCUUAUUUAUUUAAGGAGGGGUUUUUGUUCUCUAUCUUGGAUGGUGCCAAAUUUGAGCAUGUGUUUUUCAAGAAACUGUUCACAAUUCGUCAUUUAUUCAAGCUCAUGUCGUUCCAAACAUGUUGUGACUCACAAAAUGAGAGUUUAAAGGUGCGAUAGACAGAUAUAUACACACACCAUGGAUUUUUUUUGCACACCAUAUUUAGCCAAAAUUUCACUAAUAUUAUGCUCAGAUCUAAAAACAACAAUUCAGAUAUUAUAUAUGCAAAAAAUAAAUAAAUAAUAACUUUUUUUUACAAUUUUUUUUAAUAUUAAUACUACUUAGUAUUAGAAAAUCUCUCAAGUCUCAUGGUCAAACAUGGGGGCUGCCAUUUUUUUCUAAUAUUAAUUAUAUUUUUCUAGUAAAAUAUAUUAGAAAAAAUAGAAAUAUAUUUUUAUAAAUAUUAUAAAACAAAAAAUUGAAAAUUAUAAAAUAUAUUUC